AUGGGUCCAGGCUGCAGCAUCAUUAAUCAGCAGCUGCAAAGCAACAGACAGGAUAUGAUGUCAGGUGACAUCCUCCCUGGUCCCUGGGAGGAUGCCAUGGUGUGUUCAGCUACAGCUAACUCUGGUGCAGCUACAGCUAACUCUGGUGCCGCUACAGCUAACUCUGGUACCGCUACAGCUGUCUCUGGUGCCUCUAAAGCUAACUCUGAUGCCACUAACUCUGGUGCCUCUACAGCUAACUCUGGUGCAGCUACAGCUAACUCUGGUGCCGCUACAACUAACUCUGGUGCAGCUACAGCUAACUCUGGUGCCGCUACAACUAACUCUGGUGCAGCUACAGCUAACUCUGGUGCAGCUACAGCUAACUCUGGUGCAGCUACAGCUAACUCUGGUUUAGCUACAGCUAACUGUGGUCCUUCUACAGCUAACUCUGGUGCAGCUACAGCUAACUCUGGUGCCUCUACAGCUAACUCUGGUACCGCUGCAGCUGUCUCUGGUGCCUCUAAAGCUAACUCUGAUGCCGCUAACUCUGGUGCCUCUACAGCUAACUCUGGUGCAGCUACAGCUAACUCUGGUGCCGCUACAACUAACUCUGGUGCAGCUACAGCUAACUCUGGUGCCGCUACAACUAACUCUGGUGCAGCUACAGCUAACUCUGGUGCAGCUACAGCUAACUCUGGUGCAGCUACAGCUAACUCUGGUUUAGCUACAGCUAACUGUGGUCCUUCUACAGCUAACUCUGGUGCAGCUACAGCUGUCUCUGGUGCCUCUAAAGCUAACUCUGAUGCCACUAACUCUGGUGCCUCUACAGCUAACUCUGGUGCCUCUACAGCUAACUCUGGUGCAGCUACAGCUAACUCUGGUGCAGCUACAGCUAACUCUGGUGCAGCUACAGCUAACUCUGGUGCAGCUACACCUAACUCUGGUGCCGCUACAGCUGUCUCUGGUGCCUCUAAAGCUAACUCUGGUGCCACAAACUCUGGUGUCUCUACAGCUAACUCUGGUUCCUCUACAGCUAACUCUGGUGCCACCAACUCUGGUGCCUCUACAGCUAAAUCUGGUGCCACUAACUCUGGUGCUGCUACAGCUAUCUCUGGUGCCUCUACAGCUAACUCUGGUGCCUCUACACCCUCCUCUGGUUCCACUAACUCUGGUGCCUCUACAGCUAACUCUGAUGCUUCUACAACUAACUCUUGUGCCUCUACAGCUAAAUCUGGUGCCACUAACUCUGGUGCCGCGAUCUCUGGUGCUUCUACAGCUAACUCUGCUAACUCUGGUGCCUCUACACCUCACUCUGGUGCCACUAACGCUGAUGCCUCUACAGCUAACUCUGGUGCCUCUACGCCUCACUCUGGUGCCACUAACUCUGGUGCCACUACAGCUAACUCUGGUGCCGCUACAGCUAACUCUGGUGCAGCUACAGCUAACUCUGGUGCAGCUACAGCUAACUCUGGUGCAGCUACAGCUAACUCUGGUGCAGCUACAGCUAACUCUGGUUUAGCUACAGCUAACUCUUCUGCCUCUACAGCUAACUCUUCUGCCUCUACAGCUAACUCUGGUGCCUCUACAGCUAUCUCUGGUGCCUCUACAGCUAACUCUGAUACCUCUACACCUCACUCUGCUAACUCUGGUGCCGCUAACUCUGGUGUCUCUACAGCUAACUCUGGUGCCGCUAACUCCGGUGCCUCUACAGCUAACUCUUCUGCCUCUACAGCUAACUCUUGUGCCUCUACAGCUAAUUCUGAUGCCGCUAACUCUGGUGCCUCUACAGCUAACUAUGAUGCCUCUACAGCUAAAUCUGGUGCCACUAACUCUGGUGCUGCUACAGCUAUCUCUGGUGCCUCUACAGCUAACUCUGAUACCUCUACACCUCACUCUGGUGCCACUAACUCUGCUAACUCUUGUGCCUCUACAGCUAACUCUGGUGCCGCUAACUCCGGUGCCUCUACAGCUAAAUCUGAUGCCUCUACAGCUAACUCUUGUGCCUCUACAGCUAACUCUGGUGCUGCUAACUCUGGUGCCUCUACAGCUAACUCUGAUGCCUCUACAGCUAAAUCUGGUGCCACUAACUCUGGUGCUGCUACAGCUAUCUCUGGUGCCUCCACUGCUAACUCUGGUGCCUCUACACCUCACUCUGGUGCCACUAACUCUGGUGCCGCUACAGCUAACUCUGGUGCCGCUACAGCUAACUCUGAUGCCGCUACAGCUAACUCUGAUGCCGCUAUCACUGCUAACUCUGGUGCCUAUACAGCAAACUCUGGUGCCUAUACAGCUAACUCUGGUGCCUCUACAGCUAACUCGGGUGCCUCUACAGCUAACUCUGGUGCCUCUACAGCUAAUUUUGGUGCCUAUACAGCUAACUCUGAUGCCGCUAACUCUGGUGCCUCUACAGCUAACUGUGGUGCCUCUACAGCUAACUUUGGUGCUGCUACAACUAACUCUGUUGUCACUAACUCUGGUGUCUCUACAGCUAACUCUGGUGCCGCUAACUCUGGUGCCUCUACAGCUAGCUCUGAUGCCUCUACAGCUAACUCUUGUGCCUGUACAGCUAACUCUUGUGCCUCUACAGCUAACUCUGGUGCCGCUAACUCUGGUGCCUCUACAGCUAAAUCUGAUGCCACUAACUCUGGUGCUGCUACAGCUAUCUCUGGUACCUCUACAGCUAACUCUGAUGCCUCUACAGCUAACUCUUGUGCCUCUACAGCUAAAUCUGGUGCCACUAACUCUGGUGCUGCUACAGCUAUCUCUGGUGCCUCUACUGCUAACUCUGGUGCCUCUACACCUCACUCUGGUGCCACUAACUCUGCUAACUCUUCUGCCUCUAAAGCUAACUCUGGUGCCUCUACAGCUAACUCUUCUGCCUCUACAGCUAACUCUGGUGCCUCUACAGCUAAUGUUGGUGCCUCUACAGCUAACUCUGGUGCCACUAACUCUGGUGCCUCUACAGCUAACUCUUCUGCCUCUACAGCUAACUCUGGUGCCUCUACAGCUAACUUUUGUGCCUCUACAGCUAACUCUUGUGCCUCUACAGCUAACUCUGCUAAAUCUGGUGCCACUAACUCUGGUGCUGCUACAGCUAUCUCUGGUGCCUCUACAGCUAACUCUGGUGCCUCUACAGCUAACUCGGGUGCCUCUACAGCUAACUCUGGUGCCUCUACAGCUAAUUUUGGUGCCUAUACAGCUAACUCUGAUGCCGCUAACUCUGGUGCCUCUACAGCUAACUGUGGUGCCUCUACAGCUAACUUUGGUGCUGCUACAACUAACUCUGUUGUCACUAACUCUGGUGUCUCUACAGCUAACUCUAGUGCCGCUAACUCUGGUGCCUCUACAGCUAACUCUGGUGCCGCUAACUCUGGUGCCUCUACAGCUAAAUCUGAUGCCACUAACUCUGGUGCUGCUACAGCUAUCUCUGGUGCCUCUACAGCUAACUCUGAUGCCUCUACAGCUAACUCUGAUGCCUCUACAGCUAACUCUUGUGCCUCUACAGCUAAAUCUGGUGCCACUAACUCUGGUGCUGCUACAGCUAUCUCUGGUACCUCUACUGCUAACUCUGGUGCCUCUACACCUCACUCUGGUGCCACUAACUCUGCUAACUCUUCUGCCUCUACAGAUAACUCUGGUGCCUCUACAGCUAACGUUGGUGCCUCUACAGCUAACUCUGGUGCCACUAACUCUGCUAACUCUUCUGCCUCUAAAGCUAACUCUGGUGCCUCUACAGCUAACUCUUCUGCCUCUACAGCUAACUCUGGUGCCUCUACAGCUAAUGUUGGUGCCUCUACAGCUAACUCUGGUGCCACUAACUCUGGUGCCUCUACAGCUAACUCUUCUGCCUCUACAGCUAAUUCUGGUUUCUCUACAGCUAACUCUUCUGCCUCUACAGCUAACUCUGGUGCCUCUACAGCUAACUUUUCUAAAUCUGGUGCCACUAACUCUGGUGCUGCUACAGCUAUCUCUGGUGCCUCUACAGCUAACGUUGGUGCCUCUACAGCUAACUCUGGUGCCACUCACUCUGCUAACUCUUCUGCCUCUACAGCUAACUCUGGUGCCUCUACAGCUAACUCUGGUGUCUCUACAGCUAACUCUGGUGUCUCUACAGCGAACUCUGGUGUCUCUACAGCUAACUCUGGUGCCUCUACAGCUAACUAUGGUGCCUCUACAGCUAACUCUGGUGCCUAUACAGCUAACUCUGGUGCCUAUACAGCUAACUUUGGUGCCUCUACAGCUAACUUUGGUGCCGCUACAACUAACUCUGGUUCCCCAUAUCAUCAAGUCCUUCGCAUUGUGUUAAUCCAACCCUUGGGUUAGUAAAUGUGAUUAAUACGUUGCAGAGUGUAUAAAUCAAAAUAUUAGGCACCACAUCGCUCACACUCUCCCAGAUGUAGAGUUCCUCCACUUAAGCAGAUACUAGCUGGACACCAAAGGGUUUUUAAUCAUUGGUAAUUGAAGACCCUGCUGGGAGCAAAUGAGCCUGACAGCAGGGACAGCAGAGUCUCUUGCCAUUUGCUCUCUCUGGCUGUACAUAUUCACUGCAGCACCGCCCGCCACUCUGUGUACACACACACACACACACACACACACACACACACACACACACACACACACACACACACACACACACACACACACACACACACACACAUACAGCUCUCGUCUGUCUCCUUCCUGCUCUCACUAACACUUCCGGGUCCUAAAAAGCAGAAAGAUAUCGC